AUGUCUGUCGAAACGCUUUCGGUUUCUCAAGUGCCUGAGCCUCUCCUUACCAAGUCUAGCAACUCCACGAUUAAAGAGGUUGACGAUGAUUUGGGAUUUGAUCCGGAUGCUCUCAAGGCCAAAUACCUUGCUGAACGAGAAAAACGUAUCCGUGCCAAUCCCAACGGAGUGGAACAGUAUCGUGCGAUUGAAGGCUCGCUGUCUCAUUAUCUUGACGAUCCAUGGGCGGGACAAAAUGACAAGCGCGAACCAUUAGAUAUCUGCACGGAAGUCGUGAUUAUUGGCGCUGGCUACGGCGGCGAGUUGAUGGCGCACAAUCUCAAGCAGAAUGGGAUUGAAGAUUUCAAGAUCAUCGAGAAAGGUGCCGACUUUGGCGGAGUUUGGUAUUGGAACCGAUACCCCGGCGUACAGUGCGAUAUUGAGUCCUACGUCUACAUGCCCAUGCUGGAUCACAUCGGAUACGUCCCCACGGAAAAGUAUGCGCGAGGACCCGAACUGUUGCAACACGCACAGAAACUGGCCACAGAGCUAGGCCUUUACGAGAAGGCCAUCUUCAAAACUGAGAUUCUCAGCAUUCACUGGCAAGAAGAAACUGCGACUUACUCGAUCAAAACGAACCACAACGACAACAUUCAGGCACGCUUCGUGGUAGGCGUUGCCGGGUCUCUACACCGACCGAAACUGCCCGGUUUCCCGGGGAUUGAAACCUUUAAAGGCCAUAGCUUCCAUUCCAGCCGGUGGGACUACAAGUAUACUGGCGGCGAUGCCACUGGCGGAGCACUCGUUAAUCUUACCGAUAAGAGAGUUGCGAUUGUUGGUACCGGAGCCACUGCCGUCCAGAUUGUACCAAAUAUCGCACCAUGGUGCAAGAAACUCUACGUCUUCCAACGAACGCCUUCGUCUAUUGACGUACGGAACAACAGACCGACAGAUCCAUCUUGGGCCAAGACUCUCACCCAGGGAUGGCAGAAAGAGCGAAUGGAUAACUUCAACACGAUCGUCUGCGGCGGGCACCAAGACGUCGAUUUAGUUAACGACGGCUGGACAGACAUCAUUCGCAACCUGUAUCCGUCUCGAGACGCCGCGGGAACAAUGAGCAAAGAAGAGAUGGCCAGACGGCGACAGAUCCUCGACUUUCAGAAAAUGGAACAGAUCCGCAAACGCGUCAAUGCGAUCGUCAAGGACCCUGCCACGGCCGAGAGCUUGAAGCCGUAUUACAAUCAAUUCUGCAAGCGGCCCUGCUUCCACGACGAAUACCUCGCAGCCUUCAACCGGCCCAACGUCCAACUCGUCGACACCAAAGGCCAAGGCAUCGAACGGCUAACCGAGCACGGCGUGGUCGCCAACGGCGAAGAGUUUGAGGUUGACUGCCUGAUCUACGCCACUGGAUUCGAGCGCGCGACCAGCUGGAGCCACCGCGCAGGGAUGGAGGUGUACGGGCGCGACGGGAAGCGGCUGGGCGAGAAAUUCGCAGACGGGCCCAGCACGUUCCAGGGCUGGGUCAGCAAGGACUUCCCCAACUUCUUUAUGAUCACGACGCUGCAGGCCUUCAUCACGGCGAAUUUCCUACACACCACGGCCAUCCAGGCCGAGCACCUCGCCUACGUGGUGGCCGAGUGUCAGAAGCGCCGCAUCCGCUCCAUCGAGCCCACUCAGGAGGCCGAGGACGGGUGGGUCGAAACCAUCGUCGAAUCCGGCGUCAACUCCCGCGCCUUCCACAUGGAGUGCACCCCCGGCUAUUACAACAACGAGGGGCAGAUCACCCGCAAGCUGGCCAAGAACCAGUGGUACGGCGGCAGCGCGCUGUGGGUCAUCAAUAUGCUGAGGGAAUGGCGUGAGGCCGGCAAACUCGAGGGUCUCGCACCCACCUUUUGGCCGGAAAGCAAUGGCUCGUAG